UGCUGGUACUACCUAGUUGAUUAGAUUAAAUAAGAUUGUUUAUAAUCUAAUAACGCAAAUAUCAAGUGAUCAAGGUUAAGUGUCAAUAAUGUUAAAUAUAACUAACAUUUUUAGGUUAUAAUUCGAUAAAAAUAUUUCCAAUAUUAUUCAAUAAGUGUUAAUGACUUCAAUUUCAUUUAGCAAUCGCAGUUAACCUUGAAACAAACAUGACCACCGCUUUGAAAAAUUGGCGGGAAUCCGCCAGCUUGAUCAUAGCGGCCAAAAACAAACUGAAAAGUGCGACAAACUUCAACUACAAAAUCCUGACGAUCAAAAGGAGUUCAAAAUCGGGGUUCAUGCCCAACAAUUACGUAUUUCCGGGCGGAAACGCAUCGAGUAGCGAUAGCGAUCCAAAAUGGUUGGAAAUUUUCCAAAAGGCCGGCUACACCAAGAACGAGUUGAGUGGUUUGAUGCCCAAAGAAAACGUGCCCUCAAUUUUGAGGGAUGGUACCGAUGGAGUGCCAAAAUUUUUGUCUUUAAGAAUAUGCGCGAUCAGAGAGACUUUUGAGGAGUGUGGUGUGCUGAUUGGGAGUCGAAAUAAAACAACUGGCAAUCAGUGGGCCCAACAUAUAGAUUCAGAAGAGAUUUUGGAGUGGCAAAAAGUGGUCCAUGAUGAUCCCAAUGAGUUUAUAAACUUGUGUUUAAAGUUUAAAGUAAUCCCUGACGUUUGUGCUCUAAAAUUAUGGUCAAACUGGAUUACACCACCGUGUUUGUCAUCUUUAUUUAACGCUAUUUUCUUUAUAGCUUCCUUCAAAGAUACUCCUACGACGCAAGCGGAAGAAAUCGAAGUAGCGGAUAUAAAAUGGUGUGAUCCUCAAGCAUAUCUGGAUUUAAACCAAAAGAAAGAAAUAAUGCUACCACCACCUCAAUUUUAUGAAUUGAGCAGGAUAAAAAUAUUAAAUGAUGUUGACGAGUUAGUAAGACAUUCUAAUGAAAGAGCUCCUCUGGGUUGUGAAGCAUUUUUGCCUUACAGGGUUAAAACUAAGGAGGGGUCAUUUUCUUGUUUACCAGGUGACGACUUUUACCCGAAAAACUACGACCUAGAAAAUAAAAAUAUCGACGAAAUAGACCAUAUUCCUGACAGCAAUGUAAAGCAUAGGGUAUGGCACAAAUCUAGCCAUCUUAAUAUUCUCUACACCAAAAACUACAAACCCAAAGCAGGACAUUUAGUCCCUAUGUAUCCUAACGAAAGUAAACUGUGAUUUUUGUUGAGAGAAAUAUAUUUAUUAUUAUUGUACCUAUGUAAAUAAAGC